UUUCAGGGGUAGAUCAUGAUUGACGGUAUCACGGUUGUUUCAGCGUUUCCGUUCCUACUUCACGUGCUCUCAGCGUUUGGUGCGGCUUAUGACGUGGGACAUUACGCAAAAGAUGACGUCGCUGGCUACUGGAUAAAUUCAGCCAUUAACUGUUACAGUUUAACACCAAGAAACUUUCACCUCUCACAAUAUGUGACUUAUGUUCAAGCCGCACUUGCAGCCGUUGCUUUCUUGGCACACACUUCCGGCAGACUUGACGUGAGGAAAAUAGGAUAUGGAAUAUUACUGGCCAUAUACGGUGUGACGCAAUUAAGACUUUUAAUUUGGGGAUACGGUGUUGAAGUGAUUGCAUAUCUAUUUACGCAUAUAGUGAUAUUUUCUAUAUUAGUACUUUAUAAUGACUCAAUCAAUGAAACUUUAAAAGAGAAAAAGGCUUAAAACAUUUAAAUAUUAUUUAAUUAAUUAAGAAGCAAUUAGUAUGUUAUUAUAUAGUAACAAUCUCAAAAUUAGUAACAAUCUCAAAAUAAGGUUAUGCUAACUAUUAAAACAAUAUAACCCCGAUAUAACAUUCCUCUUAGUUUCUUUCAAAAUAUACCGGUAUUUAUACUACUAUAUAAUAAAAUAAUAAUAAUACAUGUACGCAGUAGGGUUGUACAAUUAGAUAAACUAGAAAUGUGUCCAUAGGACAGCUAUAAUCCCACCUUCUGUCAUAGUGGCAUCUUUACAGACCUAUCAACGUCAAGUGUUAUAUUUAUACGGAAUAUACAUGGAAUACAUUUCAAAAACCCUCCGACGGAGGAAAUGUUUGUUCUUGAUAAGGCGUCACAGUGACUUGGACAUAGAGAUCAUACAAUCAAUAAAUGCUUGCUAUAGGUCAUAAUGAUUGGCAAUAUCCUUACAAAAUUUCAUAACUUAUUACUUCUUAAGUUAUUAAUUUCGCAUAUAGUAUCUUUGUGAAUUUAACCUUUGACCUACAAAACUAUGUGUCAUCUUCUUGCCAUGAACAACUUCACACUAAAGUGUAAGACUGUAGAGGACAAGCUUUCCGUGGUCACGACCUUGAUGACCUUUGACUUACUGACCUUUAACAAGUCAAUAACUAUAUGCUUAUUUCUUCUCACGUUAUUGAUUUCUCAUAAAGUGUCAUUGUGAUCUUGACCUUUGACCCACUGAAAUUAAAAUUAAUAGUGGUCAUCUUACACUCAUGACCAACCUCCAUAUGAAAUCUUCGGUAAGUUACCCAAAUUAUUCUCUAGUAAUUGGCCGAUUAAACUUUCAGUGGUCACGAUCACCAUGACCUUUGACCAGUUGACUUUAAAAUGUAUCGGGGUCAUUCACUAGUCUUGUCCAACCUCUGUACAAAAUAUAACGACUGUACUUUAAAGUGUUGCCAUAAGCUUUAAGCGAUCAAGACCACCAAGACCUUUGACCUUAUGACCUAAAUUGACAUGUGUUUAAGGUAACAUUGGGUAACCUCGAUUUAUAUCUAUUGUAUUAUUUACCUCAUGUUGUCAUGUAUAUAUUGUGCAUGUCUUGAGUGAAAUAAAGAUAUUGUAUUGUAUUGGUAACCACUAA